AUGGUAACCGAUUUAACGCAGGAUAAACUGGCGCUUGAGUCGAAGGUCGCGGCAUUGAAUAAGGAGAUCGUGAAGACUCUCGGGCUUCAGGAUGUGGCUGAUCAGCUCAGAGCUCAAGUGGGUGAUCUGGAAGCGAAGGCACGUCGGGAUGCAGAGGCUUCUGCAGGUGAAAUGGAACGUCUCCGACGGUCUCGUCGAGAAUCGGUCGAGGCGGCUGUGACUCAGGUCUUUGACUCGGUGAAUGACUGGUACGCUCCUCGUCUCUAUCGCUUGUCGGAGUUCGUCGCACAACGGGACAUCGUUGAAGCCGCCGUAGGAAGGAGGCAAGUCGACGAAGCUCUCCUCGACUUCGUGAAGAAGAUUCGGGGAGUGGAUCUGAACUUAGACGCGAUGGAGGAGAAGCUCGCGGCUAAGCUGGCGAAGAGUAUCGCAGAUGGGGAUGCGAUUGACGAGGUUGUUAUCGAUGAUGAUGAUUUCGCUCCGCCUAACAGCCUUAAACGGCUGGUGCUGCCGGGAUCUCCUUCUCGUCGAAACGGUGAUGGUGCAGAUCCGGGUGCGGGAUCAUCUACUUCCGGGGCCAAGCCUGCUUAG